UGUUGUAUGCCCUUUCAAUUUCAUCACUGUAGGUAUGUACGUACCUGAAUAUCCACCUUUGACCUUGCAGAACGAGAAAAAAGAGGUGUAGCCAUUGGCAAUGCAGCUACCUCUAUCCAGACCCUGCUUGGUUGCCUUGGUUUCCUGAAUGCAGAUGAUGUCUGCUUCGAAAUCAUCCAGAAACGACUUGAGAGGUUUUCCCCUGUUUUUCAGGACUGCUCUGAGCCCGUUCACGUUCCAGGACACGAUUCUCAUGUCGGAUUAUUACCCCACCCCAAUCGAAAACCUCCGUAAUCUGAGAGUAUACGGAAAGAGCGGGAAUUAUUUUGUCUCCAACUUUUCUUCGAAGCCGGUGUGCAGCUGCAAAAUGAGCAAACGGCGCGGACCUCAACGGAAAAAGGCGGCAGAGUUCUCCUCGGACGAGGAAGUUAUUCGACAGAGCCCGCGGCUCUCGGGAAAACGACAAACGACAAAGACGGCGUCCCAGACCGCUUACAUGGCAGAAGUAGUUCAACUAAGCGACGAAGAGUUGCUGGAGGAGCUCAGGAAGUAUGGAGAGAACCCUGGGCCCAUAGUGGACUCAACCAGAGGCCUGUACCAGAAGAAGCUGGCAAGACUUGUGGCCCAGAAGACCAAGGCAUCUGAUGAGGGGAGGAGUCGACCACCGGAGUCAGUGGACUAUGGGACAGACCACUUGGGGGAGUGGUCCUCUCAGUCCAGUGAGGGAGAGACUGAUGUGGAGGAGACGGAGAAAGACGAGGGGGAGGAAGAGGAGGAGGAGGGGGAAGAAGAAGCUGGGGCUCUGGCAGAGCCGAGACUGCGUUCUCACACUUCCUCAACUUCCAAGGUGCUGAUGACUGCGGUGAUUCUACCUUCAGUGGUGACGGUACAGAAAAUAAGGCCUGGUUCCUCCCCCAUAAUUUACAUCAUUGUUCUAAUCAGUCUGAGUCUGAGUGUAUGUAUAUAUACAGAGGUGACAGUGUUUUCCCUCCACUUGCAGAGUCAGCAGGUGGUGUACAGGACCUACUCCACUCCCACAAGACACGUAGAGUCCAGCUACCUCCUCAAGAAACCAAAGCCCUCAUCACCCUCAAAGACACCAGCUGGUGGUGGAGCCAAGCAAUCGGCACAGAAAGGUUCACGGUCAAUGGGACGGCCAACGAAGCCACGCCCACCUCCCUCUCAAGGGGAUCCCUCGUCUAAAACGCUACACCCGCGGACCCCCCAACCCCCUCCUCCCUCCCCCAUCUGGAGCUCACUCCUCAGCUUAUGUCUCCUGCUUGUCAUGUUUGCCAUGACGUUCCUGGUUUACGACCAUUACACCAAUCCAGAGUCCAGCUUUUUCAUCCAGGCCGUCACUUACUUACGACAACUGGAUGUCAUCAAGAAACAAGAGUAAUAGAAUUAUACUACCAAACUAGACAUGUUGUUUGUUUUGUUCCAAUUUUUGCCUGCACCGUCAUGUCAUUUUUCUUUUUUAGUGUAAUACGGAACAGAACCUUAUAAUAAAACCCAAACAGUCGGUGUAUAAUUAUAGUGAUAUAAAAGAUAAAUACAAGUUGUGGUUAUACUUUGGGAGCACUUCUAUCGUUUGUCUCUGCUCUCUUCAGCUUCCCUUUGUUGAAACCUUCAGUCGCGUCAGGAGAAAUAUCAUGCACAUUAUCAAGUUUCAUGGCAGUAUCUAUACACAAGCAGGAAAAUCUUGUGGAUUUGAAACUCCACUGUUUCUUAUUACCGUGAAUAGAAGUAAGGAGGGAACCUCUCUCGGUGCUUGCUGGAGGAGGCUGGGGUGCAGCUGGCUGCGACUGAGGGGGCGGGGCGGAGGAAGGUGAUUUGGCUUUCUGUUUGGUAGUGGUUGUGGUACCAGUGGCGGUGGUAGAGGAGGAGGGGCCAUUGGGUUGUGAGGUCGACUUCUGCUUCGGAGCUUUCACUGACGUCGCUCCUGGUGUAGAGGAACACCACAAGGGGGUGGGCGAAAAUGGGUAAAUUUGGAGCAAGAUGGGGGGAGGACAAAUGUUUAUAGUGAGAUAGGGGAAAAUAUGAAAGUUUGGAGCGAGCACAGUACCAAUGGUGGUGUUGG